UCACAACGGCAGAGGCGGCGGACACUCAAUAUGGCUUCCGUACGAUUGGUCUCCGGUCGCUCGUCCGUUCCGUAAAAAUAAUAAUUUUUUUUUAUUAAUAAUAAAAUUUUUUGACAAAAUUAGUAGUCGCUAUUUAAAAAAAAAUUUAUUUUACCUACGAUAAUUCGCGCGAUCGUUAGUGUGGCCGCCGCCCUCCAGUGUAACAUAUUUUUAUUUCAUGUAAAUCGUUUUAUGCGUGUGCGCUAAAAUCCGUAGUCGUGUCGUUAAAGUGUAUUUGUGUGUGUUUGUGUGCGCGUCUUAUUCUAUAAAAUAUUAUAGUAAAUGCUGGUGUUAUUGUGUUCCGGGUGAUUAGUGUCGGUGGUGGUUGCUGUCGUGUCCGACGCGGUGCGCACGACAAGUGAAAAUAUUGUAUAGUUGUGUAGAUCGUUGUGGCUUUAUAGAGUUAAAAGUCGUAGAGUGUCGGUGGUGUAAAUCCGUCAUCGGCGUCUCUGUGUGCGAUAUCCAUUAUGUCGUAUUUCUGAACCGCUUCGGAGAAACCGAAUUGCCGCCGUUGCAGCCGUCUUCAUCAUCACUAUCAUGAAUUACCGUCCGAAACCUAAUCCUUUCGAUGGAUUGAGGAAUUCUCCGUCUUCGCACAACCGUGGAGGACUCAGUUAUAUGACUACAAUGGAACGGGAAAAACAACGUGAGAAAGAAAGGCAAUCCAGACAGCAACAAGUUUCUGAGAACAAUGUCAAAGACAAGAAAGAACUGUUCGGCUCUCCAGUAAAGGUGGACGACGCUAACGACGACGAACAGAGCCAGCUGAUCCAGAGUCAGUUGGGUUCGUUCGACGACGCCAAACCGUACUUGGACCUGGUGUUCAGCUGCGGAAUCACCGGCAUGCCGCCGAGUCCCGCCCCCCCGCCACCGCCGUCAUCGUCACUGUCCGUCGCCGGAAUGAUGCAGCACCACCACUCGUCGGCAUCAUCGUAUCCCUCCUCGUCGUCGGCAGCCGUCUCUACAGCAUCGGUGAAGUCGCACCAUCACGCUGCCGCCGCCGCCACUGUGAUCGGCCAACAACAGUCAUCAUCUAGGAGAUCCGUAUCGCCCGCGUCUGGCGGUGGAUCUGUGGCACCCGUUGUCGCGGCGUCCUUCAAGAAACCAACUGUCACGUCACACGCCAUGGCCAGGUCAUCAUCGUCAUCUGGGGGCAGCGGUGGCGGAUCCUCUUCCUCGACGCACUUUCAGCCGCCUGCCAAUCCACCCAGAAGCAGUAAUUUUUUGAAACCUGGUGAAAUGAAGCCACCCUACUCAAUGAGCCGAUCGACGAGCAGCAGCAUGAGAAGUAGCCAUUCUUCGCAUCACAGGCCCACACACAAACCCAAUCUUGCCAUAUCAAAUGUAAAGAAUAGUCAUAAUUCAAACGAUACCAACACGCCCAGCACGAUUGAAGACAUUCUAAACGAAAUGACCGUUGGUCUUCCACUCGUGUCGGACAUUGCGGAAACGCCAAGGGUCUCGAUAGUCGAUUCCAAGUACACCGCCGAUGGAAAGGUGGAACCACAGCAAAGGAUGAGCCCCAAAGACGCGUCCGAGAGCUUGAAAAAAAUGCUCGGAGAACCCAAACAACUGUUUGCGGAUCCCGUGCAUAGAAACCAACAGCCAUCAUCGCACGGCGUUUCGCCGGACGCCGCUGCUUCCGUCUCCGCUGCAGCAGCAGCAGCCGCCGCGGCUGUGCCCAUGGACGCCAAACCGUCGGGACCAUACAACCAUUCGUUGUUUGCGUCGUACAUGGUUAAACCGUCGGUAAGAGGAUCUAACAUUAUGCCACAACCGCAGCAGACGCAACUGAUGCAGGAAUCGCAACAGUUAUCGUUAUCACCACCCUCUGAUAAGAUCCGCCGGAGUUCUACAUCGACCAACGUCAUAUCGUCGGACACAACCAACUGCAGUUCAGCAAAGGCCGACAAGACCAGUAGUGAUAUGUCCGUGGACGAGGACAGUUCAUCCAGCGAGGAAGAAGGCGAGAAGGACAGCAGUUCGGAUAGUAGCUGCAGUGAUAGCGAGAGCAACGACGAAAAGAAGGAAACGGUUCCGCCGGCGGCCGUUUCGCCACCCCCACAAGAAGAACAGGAAGAAGAGCCCAAGUGGUAUCUGAAAAACUUUUUGAAAAAGAGUACGCCCGAUACGAACAACACGACCAGGACGUCACAACAGGAGGAACCUGCUGGAAUGACUGAUCCUAAAUCUAGUCCAACCUUUCCUACACAACGAUCUGAGGUUAUUGAAUUAUUAUCAGAAAUGUCAGACUCAGACUCCAAUCACAGUGAUAAGCAAAAAAGCCAAUCUGAUUCGUCAUCUUCUUCAUCUUCUUCAUCUUCAUCAUCCGAGGAUGAAGACGAUAAAAAGAAAAAGCCUCGUGAUAGUAGUUGUGAUAGUGAUUCAUCCUAUAGUAGCCGUUCACAUGCAUCAUCUAAACCAAUAACAGACUUACACAAAAAAUACUCUGCAUUAGCAAAAUGUGAGAAAAAAGAUCUCAAAAAAUCAUCUGUAAAACCUACUAAAUUAGUAGAGAGAAAAUCGACACCAGUGUUAAUAAAAAAAGAGGAACCAGUUGAAGAACCGGCUGUGAAAAAGAGAGGUCGAAAGAAGGGUCCAAUAAAGACUCCAAAACCUCCUCUACCAUCCAAAAUCAAGUCAAAACCUUUGAUUUCAUCAGAUACAGAAGAUGAUGAACCGCCUAAACCAGUAAAAAUAAGUGAAAAACGAAGAGGUCGACCACCAGGCAGUAGUAAAAAGUCAAAAGUUAUAUCAGCUAGCAGUGAAUCAGAAGAAUGGACUGAUAGUAGCCGUAAGAGUCGAAAAAAAGAUUCUGAAAAGAAGUCUUCACAUUCAGUAAAGAAAACACCAUCCUGGGAAAAAAACCAACCACAAAAACCUGUAGCUCGAGUCAGUGCUGCUCUACGUCCUCCACGUUCGAUUUCAAGCAGUGUAGAUUCAGAUUCCUCUGAUGUAGAAUGUAGGCCGCCACCUAUGUCAACAACAACUGAAAGUCCACCCAAACUUGAUGUUGAAGGAAUCAAAGUACAAGACAAGAAAAAGAAUGAUACUUUAAGGAAGCUGUUUAUAACACGACGUGAAGAUGGUGGUGCUAAAAGUGGUGGAAAAUCCAAAGGUGGUAAAGGUGGCAAAGGUGGAGUUAUUAUAAUUGAUAACAACGAAGCAAUGCGCAAUGACAAUGAACGUGUUAUAUCUCCUGUACCAGUCAUUCCACUUAUGCCUAAAGAACCUGAAAGCCUAAAGACUUUAAAAUUAUCUGUGAUGUGUAAAAUACCAUUAAGUAAAUUGCCACCUAAUUUUAAUUACUUGAUGAAACCAGCAAGAUCUGAAGAGCUGAGAACCUGUGCUGAUUUGGCAAAUACGCGGCAAGAUGAAAAGAAACAAAAGCAUAGACAUCAUAAACAUCAUCACAAAGGUAGUCCAUCACAAACGACUUCAGGAUCAGAAAAAUCUAAAUCCAACGAAUCUCCAGCAAACACUGCUCCGCCUACUCAGCCUCUCCUCCAACAGCCAUCUUCUGAUGGCUAUUCCAAAGGCAUGAUGGACAAUGUAAAUGUAUGGCGUAAACCAACAUCUGUAUGUGCAGUAAUACCAGAAGCUAAAGUUAAACCUCUAGAGCAUAGUACUAUGUCAUAUUUGCAACGUCCAGCUGCCACCAGCGGUUUGAUUCAUGGACCUUAUGAAGAAUCAUCUGAAGAUGAAGAUGGUGGACCACCUCCUUUUCUUCCUUAUAGUACUACUGCUGUUCAAAUAAUGGACCCUCGGUAUAAACGUUCACUGGAAUUAGAUCAAUACUCUCCUAAUGCGUCAAAAAGACGAAAGUUUCACAAUCCGACUGGGUCAGCAACACUAGGAAGAUAUGCUACUGGAAUAGGCGAUGGAUUAAUAAAUGAUAUCUUGGUGGAUCGCAUGCAUGAAGUUCCUGUACAACCUCCUCCCAGACAACCUUCAUGGCGCAUGCAAUCCAUGCAUCAUCAGUACCCUCCAAGGAAAAGAUUCUUCUCAUAUUUUGUAACCGACUUGUACCCUGAAAACAACAUGCACCAAGAGGUUCCAUUAAAGGAAGCACAAGCUUUGACCAAAUUAGCAGAAUAUGAACCUGAUCCCAUUACCCAAGAAAUGAAAUAUUUGGAUGGUAUACUAUGUUUUGUACUUAGCGGUCAUUUGAUGGAGAAUGAUGGGACCAGGGAAAGAGCAGUGCUCAAAAUUUAUAAUGAUACUGUUGACUUAAUUAAAGUUAUUUGGUCAAAAAUCUACAACUACCGUGCAGACUGUGAUCACGAGGAGUUAGAUGAAAUAUUUGAAAUGGCUGAUAAUCCAGAAAGGGAUAAUAGACUGUUGAUACUUUGGAUGAGGUGUCUUAGCUUCUUGAGAUUAAAAUUGUUUAAACUACUUGUAUACCAAAAUAGACAGAAUUUCAAGACUGUUCAGCAACAUUUCCUCAAGAAUGUGGGUUCAAGUCCUAUUUCACCCUCUCCAUCACCAGCCAGUUCUGUGGAGAGUCACUCGUCAGGAUACUGUAGUAGUAGCAUUACACCCGGUGGUGGAGCUGUAUCGUCAGGGGCGGCGACAGGUGUGAUCGGAGUUCCAAUAGUUGUACACAAUGCUAUUCAUUCGCAACACAUAUUGUAUUGUCAUUUGGCUGCAGCUCACGAAAUGUGGCAACGUGCUGACCUUUUAGUUAUGCGCGGAAAACACACACAAUUUUUUGUUGAGAUGGACCGACAUUGUGGACCUCUCACAUUACAUAGCACUGGUCAUGAUCUCACAUUGUAUGCUCGCAUUGCCAUUUCUCGCAUGAGAUGUGAGUUUAAUAUAAAAAAUUACCUUCCAUGAUAUUAGAUGAACACCUCGGAAGCUAAGUCAUCGCACAUAUAAAAAAGUACAGACCGUACAGUCUUGUCACAUUUCAUCAUCGUCUUGGGCUUCAUUGUAACGAGGAAUUUCAUUUCUGUUUCAUGCAAAUCGUGUAUAAACUACUUAAUGUAGAUUAUAACGUUAUGAUAUAUAUCCUGUAUAUAACUCAUGUACAGCUACUUCUAAUUCUCUUCAGUAUAUUCUGUGUAUUUUUUUUUUUUAAAUAAUUUUAACUUCGAAUUGAUAAAUUGUUAUAUUUUGACACAAAAUACUAAAAAAAUAAAUAAAAAAAGUUAUAUUAAUAUAUAUUUAUAAUAAAAAAUUAUGUAUAUGUAAAUCAUAUAUGAAAAAUAUUAAUUAAAAUUUGGUUCAGAGCAAGACUCUUAAAUAACAGUCUUAAAAAGCAAAUUUUGGUUUGGGUAUUUAACAUGGGAUUUUAAAUAUAUGAUUAUUAUUAUUUUUAUGUACUACGUAUAUAUACAUUAUUAAUCUUGUAAUCUUAAUCUUUUGAUGACAUUAAGAUACAUAUUAUUUUAAUCUUGCAACUUUUAAAAAAUACCAAAAAAAAAAAAAAAAACAAAAAAAAAUAAUAAACAGUAUAUCUGUUUUAUGAAUAAUUAUAAUUUAGAAAUUAAUAUACCUAUAUAUAUAUAUAUUUUUUUAUAACAAGUUAUAAACAUCUGAUUAAUUAUGUCGUAUAGUAAAGGACAAUUAUUAAGAGUUUGUUUUACAUGUAAAACAAAAACAAAAAAAAAUGUAUAAAAGAAAAGUUGUGUAAUUAAAAUAAAACUAUAUAUGUAUCUAGUAUAUAUUGUAUAAUUGUAUAUAUAAUAUAUAUUAAUAUGUAUAUGUGGGAAUUCAUUCCUCGCUUAGUUAAAUUUAUCUGAUUGUUAUGUCUGAGAUGCUAUUUUAAUGCUCGGUCAAGCAGUCUAAAUAAUAAAAGAAAUAAUAAUUUUUUUUAUUAAUUUUAAGAGUUACCUUUGUGUAAAGUAAAAUAUGUAUGUAGUAGCCAAAUGUGUACAAAACGACACCAACGUUUAAUUAUUAUUAUAAAAAAUUUUUUGUUUUGAUUUUCUGGAUGAAAGAAUCAUAUUUAGGGCAUCGGUGGGGUCGAUCAAUUGUAUUGACGAAUUUUGUCUUUUGACCGCACUAAGUCGUGCAAAAGAUAAAGUGGUAAAUAAUAUUUUUCUUCUAUGAUAUUUAGUAUAUUACUCUUUAUAUAUAUUAUAAAAUGAUAAAUGUAUAAAAAUACUAAUUUUUCAUUCUUCCCAAUCAAUUUUUUUCUAAAAUUUACCUUAGAAUGAGCUUUGUGAGUUAUUAUCGAUUAUUAAUAAAUAUAAACAAUAUAAUUGCAAAAAAUAAUAUUAUAUUUAACAUAAUACAUAUAUAUUUUAUAAACUUUUCAGUGCUUAAGUAACUAGUAGUGUUAUAUUUGUAUUAUGUAUCUACACGUGGUCUGGAAAUUUUUUUUUUUGUCAGUUUGCCAACAAUUUCUGACCCGUGAAUAUGACCAACAAAUUCGUUCAAUCGCCUUAUGUUGUUUUAAAACAACGAUUUAGAAAGACUUAUAUUAAUGCCACAAGUUAAAAUUUAUUUCAUUUACAUGAUUAAUAAUUAAAUUUUAAUUAAUAUAGUCUUAUCAUUAGACUGUAACAUUUUUUUUAGACAAUAUGUGUAUAAAAGAUACAAAAAAAUUAUAAACAAAACCAAAGUCUGAGUUAUAUUGCCUUAAAAUGUAAUCGAUAUAUUAAAUACUAUAUUAUAAUAUUCAAAAUGAAAUAUAUUUAGUGAUGUUUAAAUUUAGAUUUAAAAUAAAUAAUAAAAAUACUCAUCCCCCUACCUAUUCACCCAAAAAGAUUUUAAACAAAAAAUGUAGUCCCAUUUUACUUUCUUUGUUGUUUUGUUAGUGUUUAAUUUAUUAUUAUUUUUUUUUCGUUAUAUUAUACAAACAGAUAAACAUUACCAAUUUCCACAUGUUUUAGUUUGUAAUAUUGUCAUUAUUAUUAUUAUUAUUAUUAUUGUCUUUUUUUUUUUUUUAAUAAUUCCGUCACGCACACAAAAUGAUUUAGUUGAAUUAUGUGUUAUUAAAAAAUAAUUUUAAUCCGAACAGUAUUUUAUUUUAUUUUUUUUCGUGCGAUUUAAAUGCAGUAAUGUUAUUACUUAUUACUGUACUAUACUACUACUAUUAUUAAUAUUAUUAUUAUUAUUAUUAUUAUUAUUAUUAUUAUUAUUAUAUAUUGUAAACCCUGACUGCUGAGGCACAGCCUACGCUCACGAGUUGAUCCCGUUACCUUAUUUUUUUCCUCCUUGUCCGCCUCCUUCCCGUUUACCGUUAAUUUAUCCAAAAUACGGUUAACUAUAACAAUUGUGAAGAAAAAAAAGAUUGUUAAUAAUAAAAAAAAUUUGCAAUGGAUUAUUAAUUAUUCUUAUAUAUAAUAUUAUUAUGUUAAGGAUAGAAAAAAUUAUAUUAUCAUUUAAUAUUUUUAUGUUAUACCUAUAAUUUAUAAAAUUUUAAAAUUAAAAAAAAAACUAAAACUAUUUGAAAAAUAUAUAUAUAUAAAAAAAAUAAAUAAAAUAAAAUAA